GGAGGGAGGGCCGCCGUUCAGCAGCAACUGCGCAUACACACACUCACGGGGAUCCAGGGACAGCAGCUCCUUGCACUGGGAUCUAGAGCCACAGCGCGAAAGAGAGUUGAAGGAAAUCAUCUGACGCAACACAAUGGCAGACAAAAUUAAAGAUGCCAAGAUCAUCUUUGUUGUGGGUGGACCUGGGUCUGGAAAGGGCACACAGUGUGAGAAGAUCGUAGCAAAGUACGGAUACACCCACCUGUCGUCUGGGGAUCUACUCCGUGCAGAGGUGGCUUCUGGCUCUGAGAGGGGCAAGCAUCUCCAGGCCAUCAUGCAGAAAGGAGAACUUGUGCCUCUGGACACAGUCUUGGACAUGAUUAGGGAUGCCAUGAUUGCCAAGGCUGACGUCUCCAAGGGCUACCUCAUCGAUGGCUACCCCCGUGAGGUGAAGCAGGGAGAGGAGUUUGAGAAGAAGAUCGGCAAACCCUUCAUGCUGCUGUACGUCGACGCCAAAGCAGAGACGAUGGUCAAGAGGCUUCUGAAGCGCGGCGAGACCAGCGGUCGCACUGACGACAACGAGGAGACCAUCAAGAAGCGUCUGGACUUGUACUACAAAGCAACUGAGCCUGUUAUUUCCUUUUACGAGGUCCGAGGUAUCGUGCGGAAGGUGGACUCUGAGCUGCCAGUGGAUGAAGUCUUCAGCCAAGUGAGCCAGGCCAUUGAUUCACUAAAGUAAAACAACAUGACUAGA